GAGCACAUUAGUUUGUGUUACAAUCAUAAACUUUGUGUUCACUUUCCUUUUCCAUUUCAUCAGAGUACAAACUUUACACUUCAUUCAGUUUAGAUAUGAAAAGGAAUACACAAAAUACAGUCAGUCUAGAUUUCACUGCAUUUUCAGAGGAACAUGUUAUGCACUAGCACCAUCUGCUGGUAUAAACAUGAAUAACAAAUGGAAAAAAAAAACUUUUUUUUUUAAGGUCAAUGAAAAUGAUUUACCAGCCUGGCAGAGAGAAUGCAGAUACACAUGUCUGCAUUCUAAUUUUUAUAGAUGUGUCUGUUUCAUUUCCUUUGCAAGUUCAUGUACACAAUACGCGUAUACACGUUAAGCAGGAGCUCUCAAUAGAUCAGAUCUAGUGGGUGAAAACCACAGAGCGCAAGCAGGUUUCCGCUUAUGUGUAUUUCAAUGCAUCGAGUUUUAUUUUCUGUUUCUGAAAGAGGCUGAGUAUUUUCCCUUUGUUAUGUUCUUUCCUAUAUGUGUGUGUGUAAAAACAGGAUGUGACUAACUGAAGCGUAUAAAGGUUUAUGUACAACUUCAUUUCGGGGCUUUGCUUUUCUGACUCCCAGAGUCAGAACCUUAAAAUAAAACAUUUAAAGACAAAGAUUCAAUCUUUAUUGUUUCUUAGCAGUUUCCUAUACCCUUUUAUUGAAGGAUUUCCGUGUCAGCCUUCAUCCAUUCAGAUGGGUUUUAUACAUCUCAGGUACAGAUACUUUUUUGCUUGUUUCCUCAAAUUUAUUGCAUUAAAUACCAGAAUAAUGAAACUUUUUUUAAGUAGGGAUAUUAGAAAAUAUGAUGUCAAAACGGAUGGAUCAAAAAUAUAACACAAAGUUGUAACUCAAUAGAAAAGUCUUGAUACUAAAAUUAGCAGUGUAAAUUCAAAGUGGAAGAGAAAUUUUAACACUGAUUACACAGUAUAAUUCUUGAUAAUGUUUAAAAUACCUCCUCUUAGUAAUGUUUCCUAACAUAUGUUUAUCGUAGUAUAAAGCUAUAGGUAUGUUAUUCUCUAAUUCCUUAGCUAUUAGCUAGUCAGCCACCAUCAGCUUCUCAACAUGUUAAACAAAAAGUACAACACUAAACCACUGUUCAAACAUAAGUAAAUAGAACUGUAGAUUUUAACAUUCAGAUUUGCAUCUCCUGAAAACGAAAGAGAAACUGUCUCUGACAGCUUCUCAUUUUUGACAAACCGAUCAAAGAAAAAGUGAAGAAGAGCUUUUUCCACCUCAGAAGCGAAGUGCUACAUUCAAACAAAGGACUUUUUUGAAGCAAGUUGUAGCUUUUGCUUGGAUUAUUAUAACUCUAUGUAUGCUGGUCUUAACAGAAUCUUAGUUCAUACAUGGGAAGAUCAGCUACAGGAAGAAGAUGGAAGACUAGCUACAGCAGAGCAACAUCAGAGUUUUGGAGGAGCUUGAAAACAGUUUCAGGUCACAAGCCAAAGUCACAGGCUCCAGUUAUUUCUGCUCGAUUGGGAAUUGGAACAGGAAAAUCACAGUUUUUUUUUUAAGAGUGACUGACUCACAAAGAAAUCUUUAACAUGCUGUUAAACAAAAAGUUUAUUUUUGUCUUGAUGGCAAUAAUAAUUUGGACAGUGGUCCUGCCAUCAUACGGAUGCCGCAUUGAGGCUCUGGCACCACAGCAGAAGAGCGGCUCAUUCCCACUGGAUUUAGCUCUGAACUCUGUUGACGACAUGUACAUUGGCUGUGAAGAUGAGAUGGAAGAAGAAGUGGCAAAGUGGUUAGAGAAGGAGAAAAAAGGGAAUUUUGGAAAGGCUUGGAAUAAAUCGGAGCAGUACUACAAUAACACAUGGGCGACCACCACCUCAGUGCUGAAGAAAGAACAAAUCAUGGCUGUUCAUGCUUACACCCUGGGAAUGCCUCCAAUAUACGCCGAUUUCAAUAAGGCGGUCCGAACACAAAAAUCUGAGUACAUGACCAAAUUUCAAUAUCACGCAUUUCACUUCUACCUCACCAUGGCCCUACGCUCCCUUAAGAGCAAUGCAGAGGAGUGUGUCACCUCCUACAGGAGAACCGACUGCAGAUUCGAAACGGAUAUCAACAGUGAGAUUCGCUUCGGUGGCUUUACCUCCAGCUCAGUGGGUUGUUAUUCUUCUCCUUGGGUAUUCGGUAACCAAUCAUGCUUUGAAAUUAUCACCUGCUUUGGAGCAGACAUCUCAGAGUUCUCCAAGUUUAAAUCAGAAAAAGAGGUCCUGAUCCCUCCGUAUGAGGUUUUUAAGGUAACAGACAUACAGAAAAGAUCUAGGAAGAAUUCCCUUCCAUGCGAGGUUGUCUACAAACUGAAGAGCACAAACAAAAUACUUUUGAAUUUAAACUGUGCUCUCACUGACGAGUCAGAUUUGUGAUGAAAUGUCCAAAAAAUACAACCUGCAUUGUGCAAAGUCAGACAUAAUUCAGUUCUAGUCUGCCUAAUUUUUAUUUUACAUAUUAAAUAUAAUCAUAAGAAACAUACAAGAGUGAAUGUUCACAUUUUCAGUCCCUAAUUUGUUAAACUUGAAAUUAGGAACAGUUUCAAGUGUAAAACUAAUUUCAUAAAAGGAACAUAAAAUAUUUGAAGAGCACAUUAGUUUAUGUUAAAAUCAUAAACUUUGUGUACACUAUCAUUUUGUGAUUAAUCAAAGUAAUCCUGAACCCAUGCUGCUGUGCUUUUUCUUUGUCACAACCCAUAAUGGCAGAUUGAGAUUUACUUUUUUAUGGAAGUCCAAACAUGCAAAAAAUAAAGAAAGAAGUCAUAUAAUGAUUACUUAAAUUGAUUGCAACAUGUAUUAACUGCUAACCUUCACUGAACAAUUACACAAUUAUAAAAAUAAUGUAUUGAUUAAAUUCCUAAUAUUUAUUUAUAUACUUCUCCUUCUAUGACACACAUAAUUUUUUUAAUGACAUAUGUAUGCAUUAUAUUUUGAAACUCAAUAUAUUGCUGAAAGCAGAUCAUUCCUUCCCACUGUCACUUAAUGCUUGCUCAAGAUACUAACCUGACUACUUGAAGCAAACAGCUGUUCCUAUUUGAUAGAAAAAAUAUUAACUGCCAUAAAAUAAUAAUCUGUAAUUGAUUAUUUUAAACUGCAAUUUCAUUUGAUCUUGACUGAAUGUGUAAAUGAGUCUGAAUCUGACUGAAUUGUAUUGGACAAGUAGGAUGUGAUAAUGAAUACAUUUUAACUGUUUUAUAUUAGAUAUUUGUUGUGAAAUGGUUCCAUAUAUAUUUACUGAUCUGAACCAACAAUUUUUAAAAGAAAAAAACUGUUUCAUAGCUGGAAUAAACAUCUGUUAUAUUUCCUGUUAGACUAUUCUGUUUUAAUAAAUCUCACAAAAAUACGUGAGGUUUGUGUGUUUGCUUUAUAAUUU